AUGUUGGACACCAUCACCCGCAACGCUUCACCAUGGAGUGCCUUGUCAGUGGUGUUGCUCUCUCUUGUCGUCUACCAAGCGGCAAAGAUGAUCUACAAUGCCCAUAUACACACUCUACGAAGCAUCCCCGGGCCUUGGAUAUCCUCUGCCACCACACUCUGGAUCCGGUGGCAGAGAUGGCACGGCAGGCUCUCCUUGGAAGCAGACAAACUCAUGGCACAAUACGGUCCUAUCGUCCGAAUCGCCCCCAAUCUGGUAAUUCUGAAUGACCCUGAGUCCGUGGAAAAGGUCUUCAUCAGGAAGGAUCUGGAUACAUCACCAACCUCAAUCCGUGCUCUACGUGUCGGCGGCCACGACUGGACAGUCACCUACCCCCAACACGACAUCGCACGCCAACGCCGCCAUCCCGUCAUGAUCGCAACGACAACCAAGAACCUCAAGGCGUCCCACCAAUCCUUCGUCAACAUAAUUGAGGAAAUGGUCCGCGACCUCGGCGCAUCUGAGGGCACAAAAUCCGAAGACAUCGUCCACCACCUCCGCAUCUGCACACUCAAAAACUCCCAAAUCAUCAUGGGCGGCUCCGCCGUCGACCUCGACACAAAGGACUUCCCCCGCGUCGUCGGCGAGUACAACUUCCUCGUCGUCUGGCGCCUGUGCCUCCCCUCCUGGCUCUUCGAAUGGCUCCAAUACGCCCCAAUCUUCCCCCACGCGCGCUUCCGCGUGCAAUCCAGCGACAAACUCUUCGACCUCGGCGAAGCCCUCUGCAAGCAAGCAGCCCAAGCCGCCCCUGACACCACCAGCACCACCGACACAAACGUCCACAACCUCUUCACCGACCCCACCGCAAAAUACCCUACACAAUCCUCCUGGUCCAGCCCCGAACUCGGCGCCGAGAUGGCCGGCCAAGUGCUCGCAGCCACAGAAACUACUUCAUCAGCCCUAGCCUUCAUCUACUACGAACUCGCCAAGAACCAGCAGCUGCAAAAGAUGCUGUAUAAAGAACUCAUCGCGCACGAGGGCUACGAAGACCUCGACACCCUCAAGCUCCUCGACGCAUGCAUCAAGGAAGGCCUGCGCUUCCGUCCCCCCGUCGCCCUCACCGGAAGCCGCUGCGUCCCCAAAGGCGGUCUCGAAGUCCUAGGCUACUACCUUCCCGCCGGCACAGUAGUAACUACGCAGUCCCUCUCAAUGAGCCGUCAGCGCCCCGACCUGUUCCCGGAUUUCGAUGCGUAUAACCCGCUGAGAUGGAUGGAUGAGGAUGACGAGUUUAGUGCCGAGAGGAGGAAACUGGUCGUGCCGUUUGGCGUGGGUGCGAGAAGGUGCCCAGGUGGCAACAUGGCGACAUAUCAGAUGAGGCUUAUUCUUGUAGCGACAAUCCGGGCCUUCAAGAUUACUCUCGCGCCGGAGACGACACCGCAGGCUAUGGAGCCGUUUGAGGCGAAUGGGUACAGGUCGAGGCACGAUCGAUGUGAUUUGAUCUUUACGCCACAUACGGUGUGA